UGACAGAAGAAGAAGAAUCGGAAGUUGGAAGAGAGGCGAAGCGAACGGUAGGUGAUAAAUAUAAAAGUGUUAAAUUGGCUUAUUUCUGUCAUAGUUGUAAAUCAAAGCAUGACAGUGGAGCUUAAUUGGAUUUAAAGUGUCGAAUGCAGUAGCGGCGCCGGGCAUGUCGGUGUGUUUUGAGGAGAAGAGCGGGGUGGUUCCCUGUCAGACAUCCUGGGGUUCCUGGUACCAAACCAUGGACGAGGUCUUAAUCGAAGUCAACGUGCCUCACGGGACUUCUGCCAAAGACGUCAAGUGCCAUUUAGGCGCCAAACACAUCGAAUUACACGUUAAAGGGAAAGAAGUGUUCAAGGGAAAAUUGUUUGGGACAACUAUUUCUGACGAGGGUACAUGGACAUUGGAGGACAAGUGUCUUAUUCGGAUUAUCCUGAUGAGCAAACAGAGAUGCAGGGACUGCUGGUCAUCCUUGUUGGAGGGGGAGUAUUGUGCAAAUGCCUGGGUCCAGGACCAAAUGCAGAGAAAGCUCACACUGGAGAGGUUCCAGCGGGAGAAUCCUGGAUUUGACUUCAGUGGAGCAGAGAUCUCUGGCAACUUUGCUGGCGGUGGCCCGGACUUCUCCAGCUUACAGAAAUGAUGUCAAAACGCUACAUGCUGUCAUUAUGAACAGUACUGAGGAGAUUCAUGGUGUGCAGCUGCACAGUGCUUCCAUCACAUGAGGCCCCAAAAUAAGACUUGCUUUCAGCAAAACCUUAAUUUGAGAACAUUUUCCAGCACAGUUGUAACUGACAAUUGAUUUUCUCCAGUGUUUUGGUGUAUUAUCGCAGCACAAAUUUUCUCAGUGAUCACAAAAAAAAAAGGUCAAGAGGAAAUGUGUUGUGGAAAAGCUUUCGAAAUAUACAA